AUGUCGGUUUCAUCAUAUAAUAAAUGUCGGAAAAGUAUUUAUGGCCAACAAUUAGAUACCAAUUUAUUUAAAAGCUUACAUUUGGCCAAUUACGCACUUUCAUCAAAACAUCAUGAUAAAAUUCUAGGACCAGGCUCAUACAAUCCAAUCACAAUUGAUGAAAUCUAUCGACAAAAAUCAUGCAGUAAAUAUGGACCUUAUUAUCAACAAUCAAAGCGAUUCUCAUCUGUAUCUCGUAAAACAAGACAUUUUUGUCAUACUCAAACGACAAUACAUAGUUUAAGCAAUAUUCCUGAUGAAUUACAACGAAAACAUGAAUUUGAAAGACGUUACAAUGCGAUACGACUUGAUCGACAAAGUAAUAAUCUUUGUCGUAAACGAAAAGAAUUAGCAGCUCGUGCUCCGCCUGUUACUUUGUAUGAAAAAUUAAGUUUUGUCGAUGAAAUUCAACGAAUUUAUGGACCGUAUGUUAAACUAGCGCAAGAUCAUCAUAGUAAACUUCGAGAUUGGUAUAAAGGACCAGCUCGUGUUCAAGACAAGAUACUUCCUUCGAUUUUUGAAAUACUUUUUUCUAAAUAUAAUUGCUACAAAGGUAAAUUUUUACCACUUCCGUCUAAUCUCAAUACGAAUAAAAAUCAACAAAUGUUGUCUCCUGGACCAACUACUUAUUUUCAAAACUUAUUUUCUCACGAAAAACCGUCACAAUUAAAUCAAGAAAAAAAUCCACUACUCGGUUUUCUUUCAUCAACUGAACGAUUUCAUAAAGUCAAACUCUCAAGCUCAGGUCCAGGUCCAGCUUCAUAUAAGCCAGAUGCUUGUCUAAGAUUAUGUUCAACAAAAGAAAAUAAAACAAAAAAAAAAUAA